UAGCUAUCGUGGUAUCUGGAGCCGUGACGAAAUCGUAUCAACAAUCGACUCUGUCAGGAGAUAUGCGUGUACAGUAUUCUUUUUCAGCAGGGAACACAUAUCGGAUUGAAUUCAAUAGGCUAGCCUGGACAAGGCAUGAAAUAGCAGCAGUAUUGGCACCGCUGCCUGUGAAGGAAAAUAGGGCCUCAAUCGCCUUUUAUGAAAUAUCCUAGUAGAUUAACCAUAAUUAAUAGUCUCGCACCGAGCUUCCCAAUGGCAAGGUUUAUAGCCAUUCGCGGCUUCAUACGAGAUCGUGCUGCCCUCAGGCACAGUGUAACCCUCAGGCAGAGAAUUCUCCGCCUUAUUCUCCUGGAGAAGAUCAUCCUCGAUUUAUGCAAGCAAUGUAAUUCUGGGACGCGAACAGUUCAAGAAGAUCGAUCGGCAGCCAAUGAGGUCAUACUACUCCACAGUAACCCCAAGCGAUCCAGGAACCAAGCCUGGCAAACCGCCCAAUGGCAUACACAGCCAUGCCCCACCAGCCCCACUUUCUCCGUCAUUCGUUACACAUUUACGUCAGGCCGCCAUUGCUCGUGGCCCCACGUCAAACAGGUGUUGUCUGGUUGCAAACAACAAACAACCCAACAAUAAUAAGAUGGUAAUAAUAUGGCCGCCACUGGACACCAGCAGCGACUUCUCACCAAUGGGAAACGUGUCGUGUUCAGAGCUCCACCCACGGACCUACUGGCCAACCACUCUAAUACCGCCACCAUCGUUUGCACCAUUCUGACACUGCCAAGCCUGUCGCGGGUGCCGUUUAAUGGCGAGCUCGGAGCGUCUGGGGUAGAGGU